AUGAAAUAUUGGAGCGGUCUUCCACCUUUAACCAAAGAGAAUUCGUCUCCUGAAGUGAGCCAACAGGAUAUAAACAAUACGAUGUUUGCUUCUCAGGUCAUCGUCGCAUCAUAUUCGACGCUAUUUUACCUGCUGCUUCUCAUUUUGAGCAUUCUCGGCGUCUGUUACAAGCCGUGCGUCAAGAUCUUUACAUCUCAAGCUAACUUUAUGCUCUUUCUUAUCGGGGCUCUGCUGGUUUUUGUGAACAUAUUCGCAAUUAAAAACGAGCUUGAGAUGAGGAGCUACUUCCGCAUCGCCACAGGCUUUGUUAUUGGAAUAGCAUUCACGAUCUUUGGCGCAUUCCUCUUCUUUACAAAAGCAGAUGACAAUAAUCAUCACCGUACCCUUGAGCGACAGCAACCUUCAAUGGGACUCGUUGUGGCAACAAUAACGAUCCCGCUUAUUAUCGUUGAAGUUUUCCUUGUUUCUUCGACCUUCGGAUCAUCGGAACGUGAAGAACCAUUCCUCAACAACCAUGACUGGGGCCUUGUUCUUUCAGACAAGAUAACAUUUCUCACUCAGAAGAUUGUUCAAGCGAUCGUUUACAUCAUUCUCAGAUAUAAAGUAACUUCUCAGAACUUCAAAGAAAGUGCCCGGUUUUAUUUUCAAAUACUAUCAUUUUUCAACUUCAUCGAAUGGGUAGACUCUCAAGUGAACGAGAACAAUGAUGUAAAAUUAAGUGGAUCCGAAAACAUUUACGGUGAGUGGUUUGAAUUAGUUGCAAUGUUUUACAAGGCGCUUAUCAUUGACUAUCGCCUUCUGUGCUCGCUACUGUUCCUUGAGCAUUCACUAGGUGACUCAGAUGGCGAGGCUGGGGAAAAUGAUGCCACCACGAGAAGAGAUUUAACUUUGUCAGAAAAAAGAUUGCGGAACCUGGGAUUCAUAGUCGGCUUCACCAGCUUGUCUGCACCAAUUUGUUGUGCCCUCUAUUAUGUACCCAAGCUUCAUACGCCUCCAUGGGUUCACUCAGUCACAGUUCUUGUAAACUUGUCAAUCAUUGUUUUUGGAACGCUUUUCUUUUGGAAAAAUAAUUUACAAUCGGAGGAACAGAACAAAGGUUCAUAUGGAGUCAAAAUUAUGGUAAUGUAAUACGAACGUUCAAAUUAUGUUAAGUACGUGAUAAAAUCUACUGCAGUACAUGUGCUGUGAGUGCUAUGAAAAGGCGCACAACCGUUUCUCAUGAUCACUAACCAAAACUCACGCAUCCAAUCUUGCACGCACGGCAAUGUAAUGAGCUGAUUUUGUCUCCGUCUCGUUUAACAAAUCGAUAACAAUUUUCCAUGGUCUUUACUCUUAUCGAACAUAAAAAUAACGUCAAAAUGUCCCAAAAUGUUCAAAACUGGAGUGGAACCAAGAGCCGCAGGCGAGUGAUUUCGAUGCAAAGUUUUGAUCGUUUUGACGCAAUUUCUAUGGUCGAUAAGGAUACAAACCAUAGAAAGUUGUUGUCGACUGGUAAUUUUACGAUAACAUUGACACCUUUGACGUUCAUUUCGGUUGAACUUCCUCCUCUUCCUUACAAAGUGGCGGGCGAGAGAAAGAAGAAAACACUUUGCGCCACCAUCAAUGGUUUGUACUCUUAUCAAACAUAGCUCUCUACCAAUCAGCGCGCGAGAAAUCGCUCAGUUAUUGUAAAAUCAUCUUUCGACAGAUUUUAUUUUAUUGAUUGCAAUUUAUAGCCUGCCCACAAGCUUUCCAUCUUAAACAAAUGUCUUGCAGCUUGCUUCGCUCACCACUAGAAAUGGAAAGCUUGCUCUUUCUCAUAUUGAAGCGCCUAGCGUAGACGAAUAAUAGUUUUUGGCAUAAACAAAGUCGUAGUUACAAAGGGAGUUCUUUCCAUUCAACCAAAAGUUUCGAAAAUUUGGAAACAGAGGCAAACUUGGUUCAGAAUUUCCCAUUCAACUGAAAAUUCUAUGAAUUCCGGGAGCAACGUUCUACUAAUGGUCAUUAAUAAACUUUUCUUCAAGGUCGACAGACUAAAACUUUUUCUUCAAGCCAAUUAGAUGAAAAACUGGACGAAAUGAAGGGGAGGGGACAGGGCAGCUAAAAAAUUCACAUAUUAACAAUUAUUGAAUUCGGCUUUCGUAACACAGCUGAAGAAUUAUGGAGAUGGCGGAUAACACCCUCCUCGAUCUCCAUAAUUCUUCGGGUGAUACAAAAGCCGAAUUCAAUAAUUGUUUUUAUAUUAUUCAUUCAAAAUAAUCCUAGUUCAAAAACAAGCUAAAACAUGCUUACCUCCAUCGAUGUUAAGUUCAUCUUGGAUAGUGCAUGUUAAUCCGCAAAGUUUUAGGAGAUAAAGUGUUUUUUUUUAGUGCUGAUUGAUAGUAUAUUGUAGCACACAUGAAGGAUGUUUCUAGUUCCCACGAUCCUUCACUUCGAACUAUGUGCUCUCGUAAUGGCGGUUCACGAAUAAACCCAUGUUGUUGUGUUCAACUCUUGUCGUGUUCCUCGUUCUCCACUCUAACAAAUCAACAUGGUGGCAGCUUCGGGAUUUAGUUAAUGAAAUGACGGCUACAGAAACCGGACAGUUUAGACUUCCUCCCUAACUAGAUGUGAAUUCGGGAAAUGUAUCCGAGAACUUCAAACGGUGGAAAAGGCAAGUGGAAGUGUUCUUAGCAGCUUCUGGACUUCAGAGAAGGACGAGAAAAUACAAACUGCUAUCAUUUUAAACCGUGCAGGCUCUCAUGUUCUCGAGGUGUACGAUACUUUUAUUUGGACAGAUGACAGCGAUAAAGAUAAACCUGAUAAAGUUUUUGAAGUAUUGGAAAGAUACUGCAACCCGCGUGACAAUGAAGUCAUCGAAUCUCACAGAUUCUGGACCAUUCCAUACCAGGAACCGUUCGCCAAAUUUCUCACGGAGCUAAAAACAAGAGCAGCCGCGUGCAAUUUUCUGGAAAAAGAUCGGAUGUUGAGAGACAAAAUAGUUUUUAUUGUGACUGGAAAACUUCAAGAAUUACUCCUCAGGGAAGACAAUUUGACGCUCGACAAAGCAGUAAAAAUUUGUUGAGCUUUCGAACAGUCAAAUAGACAAGUCAAAGAAUUCAGAGAAAGUGCAACCCUCCCAAGUUCUUCCACAAGUGUGAACAAACUCUGAAACUAAAACGCCCCGUGGCAAGAAAGGUUCCCAAAUGAACAAAACCUCACACAAAGGGAAAGGAAAGUUAAAAUUCAACUGCAAAUUUUGUGGACACAAACAUGAAAAACAAAGAGACAAAUGUCCUGCUUGGGCAAGACAUUUGACAACUGCAAAGGUCUUAACCACUUCAAGUCUAAAUGCAAAAAUAUUCAUGCACUUAACCAAUCCAAUGAUAAUGAGGAAGAUUCUGAUGAUCAAUGGCUCAUGUCUAUAAGCAAUAGGACAGACAGUGUUACUGCCACACUCACUUGAAAUGAUAUUGAUGUCAAAUUCCAACUUGACACUGCAGCUGAUGUAAAUACCAUCUGUCAGAAGCAUGUAAGACAACACCAAGUGUCUCCUACAACUGUACACCUUAACAUGUGGAAUAAUACUAGCCUGAAACCUCAGGGAGAAACGCGCCUGAAAGUCAAAAAUCCUCACACUAGUUCUGAAUCCGAAAUAAAGUUUAUCGUGGUCCCAAAUGGUUUUACAAACCUGUUAGGUCUGAACACUAUUCAGGAACUUGGUUUUAUAACCAUAAAUAAAGAAUGUUUUAUCUCACAAGUAUCAACCCAGCAACUUGGUGAUCUGGGUGAAGCCACCCUCAGAAUUGAUGAAAGUGUUCCUUCCAAAGUACUGCCUUGUAGGAAAGUUCCUAUUGCCAUUCAAGACGCAGUAAAGGAAGAACUAGAUCGACUUGUAAACAAAGGCGUACUGGUUCCAGUGACCGAACCAACUGAAUGGGUCAGUCAAAUGGCGGUUGUACAUAAACCCAAUGGUAAAUUGUGCGUUUGUAUUGAUCCUCAACCCCUAAAUGCUGCAUUCAAGCGUGAACAUUACCGAUUACCUGUGCUUGAUGAUGUGCUUCCAAAGCUUAAAGAUGCGAAGAUCUUUAGCAAACUAGAUGUAAAAGACGCAUAUUGGCAUGUUCGACUUGAUGAAGCAUCCAGCAAACUCACCACAAUGAUUACACCUUUUGGUCGCUACAUGUGGAAGAGGCUACCCUUUGGCCUCAAAGCCUCAAGGGAAAUUUUCCAGCGAAAGAUUGAUGAAGCGUUAGGUGAUCUCGAUGGUGUAUUCAAUGUAGUGGAUGAUGUAGUCAUUAUAUGGUGUGGCAACUCAGAUGCUGAAGCUCAGAGUGACAACCAGCAAAAACUAGCAGUGACAUUGAAAAGGUGUGCUGAGAAGAGCAUUAUCCUAAAUGAGGAUAAGCAGGAAACUGGUCUGGAUGCGAUCAUAUUUCGUGGACACAGGAUCACGAAAGACGGUGUGAAAGUUGACGAAGCUAAAGUGCAAGCUAUCCGAGACAUGCCAGCACCCACUGAUGUGGAAGGCGAGAAACGCCUCUGUGGCACGGCUCAGAACAUGGCAAAGUUCUUACCCAACCUUGCAGCAACACUUGAACCAAUCCCUGCUCUAACAAGAAAGGACACCCCAUUUGUAUGGUCGAAAGAAUGUGAAGAUGCUUUCAACACUCUCAAGAAAAAUCUGUCUGAGUCUCCUUGCUUAGCUUACUUUGACUCCUCGAAAGAAGUGGUAAUUCAAGCAGACAGUAGCAAACAUGGAAUUGGUGCUGUGCUACUCCAAGAAGGGCGCCCUAUUGAGUAUGCAUCUAGAACAUUGACCCCUUCAGAACGAAAUUGGGCGCAGAUAGAGAAAGAAGCCUUGGCUGUCCUGUAUGGCCUUGAACGAUUUGAUAAGUAUGUUUAUGGUCGUGCAGUAACAGUACAGAAUGACCGCAAACCUCUUGCUGCUAUAUUACGCGAGCCGCUGACCAUGGCUCCAAAGCGUCUUCAAGACAUCAUGAUGCGUUAUAACCGGUACGAUGUCAACUUCGUGUUUGUGAAAGGCACUAGUCUACCAAUUGCCGACACCUUAAGUAGAGCUCAUUUAGACCCUGUUGAAGGUAACCAGAACGACCGUGCACGAAUCAUGAACAUGUGCCUUUGCUGAAAUCCCAGAUAAGCGUUUGGACGAGAUAAGAGAAACAACUUUGCGCGAUACUAGCCUACAAACCGUUAUCAAGUUAGUCUGGGAUGGAUGGCCUCAAGACAAGCACAAUAUUCCCCCUCAAGCCUUACCUUAUUUUGACAUGCGUGACUCUCUCAGUAUAGUAGAUGGCAUCUUAGUAAAAGGAGAAGCAAUAGUAAUUCCAUCUGAACUGAGAGCAUCUAUCAAGAAAAGACUCCAUAGUGCACAGCUAGCCUGUGAAAGCAUGAAGCGUCGACCUAGAGGCAUUGUUUUCUGGCCUGGCAUGGGCCAUGAUAUCAAACAAUUAGCAGAUUCAUGUGAAACCUGCCAAGAAAUGAAGCCACGAAACACUCAGGAACCAUUAAAACAACACAACGAAGGCGAUGGACCUUGGCAAAAGAUUGGUUUGGGUUUCUUUGAAAUCGCCGGAAAGCACUACUUGAUUGUAGUGGACUAUUACUCUAAUUUCAUAGAGAUUGAUCUACUGACAAGCCAAACGAGGACCCGUACUAUAAUUCUUCUCAAGAAACAUUUUGCUCGGUACGGCAUACCAAGAGUAAUCGUGUCAGAUGGAGGUCCUCAAUUUACCAGUCAAGAGUUUAACUCAUUCAUGACAAGCUGGGGUAUUUCCCAUCGUACAUCAUCACCCAUGCAUCAACGCGCUAACGGCAAGGCAGAGUCAGCGGUGAAGAUUAUGAAAUCCUUGCUGAUCAAAACUUACAGGGAAGGUGGCGAUCCCUAUGAAGCCAUACUCGAACAACGAAACACCUCUCGUCAGGAAACUGCGUUGGGUCCAGCGCAAAUGAUGUUUAACCGCAAAACACGUAGUUUCUUACCAAGCUUAAGCAGUAACCCAAAGAACACUCUCGUGAAAGAAAAACGUGAUGCGCUAAAACGCAACGUGAAAACAUAUCACGGUCGGAAAUCACGCAAACGCUCAGUUAUUGAAAUUGGACAGUCAGUAUUCUACCGACACGCAGAAGGUCAGAACUGGAAAUGGGGCAAAGUAACUGGAAUUUUAGGCCCUUAUACGUACCAAGUGAAAGGUGCUAAUGGCGGCAAGUACAGAAGAAUCCGUGUGCAUUUAAGACCCACCAAAGUAGUAUGAACUCCUCGCGAUGUGUAUCCUAUCGUUUUGUCUCGUACUCCUGACCAAGUAUUAACUUCAGCCGUGCCUGCAGUUCCUCAAACUCCAACCACUGGCGCUGAGGCCAAAGAAAGUCAUUCGCAUAGUGAGGCAACUACUCCUAUUAAGAGUCACGCACCAGAGAGGCCUAAACGUGAAAGCAGAUUACCUAUUCGUUUUAAGGACCAUGUACUCAAGUAGAGACUGUUUCUGAUCAGUUGAACUGCUUUAUUUAGAACUGUUAGAGUUCCUUGUUACUCUUAUUUAAGUAGACAUCUUCAGUGAAAGAUUCGGCUUUCAUAUUUAGCUGCGAAGAAACUCCAUUGUUAUUUUCCUAAACGAGAAGGGAUGUUUAUUGAUAGUAUAUUGUAGCACACAUGAAGUAUGUUUCUAGUUCCCAUGAUCCUUCACUUCGAAUGUGCUCUCGUAAUGGCGGUUCACGAAUAAAUCCAUGUUGUUGUGUUCUACUCUUGACGUGUUCCUCGUUCUUCACUCUGACAAAUCAACAUUUAGCACGGCAAAUAUUCUCCAAAUAGUAGAUGCCGUCCAUCAACUUGCCUUCCUCUAUUUCUUGCUAUGUUUUUAGCCAAUGAUUCGCGUAUUUCUUCCUCGCCAUUUUUGUUCUCACGACCAAAACAGCUCAACCUCGUCCCCAGGUCUUGUCGGUUAACGGUUCAAUAAUCUGGCAAUUUUACUGCACUUAUUGACGUCAUUUUUCACAUAUCGCAAAAUUCUUCCAAAUCUGGUCUACAAUAGCUGUUUAUGAUGAAUUAUGCGUGGGAUUUUAACCAAUCAGAAACGGAAAAAUAUUUUGAAUGAAUAAUCUUCCAUAACAUCGUUUCUGGCAGGUUUCUUGCCUGGGUGCGGUCGGAUUCGCUUGUUGGGUGAUGAAGGCAACAAUCGUUGCUUACUGGGCAUGCGCCAGAACUGACAUCAGUAACCCAAGUUCUUACUUUGCCUGGGAUGCAGCAAAGUUUAGCGUUCGUGGAAUCGCCGCAGCAUUUUUGAUGGGUCUGUUCCUCAAGGUGGAUGCUCGAACAGUACCGAUGGGAAAUCUUAAUGUCGAAAUGAAUCAUUUUCUGGUGCCGACUGUGAUGCUGACCAUUUCUGGCACAUUUGCGGAAACCCUGAUUGAUCAGUAUGUUGGACCGAUCGAUACAAAUCUCAGGUUGGCAAAAGGAUUAAUUUAUAACUAUUUAUAAUGCUUUUAGUUUGUAAAUUCAGACAAUGACAAUUACCAGAACAAAUAAAACUCAGCUGAACGUCACUUAACUCUAGCAACAACAACUGUCGUGUUGAAAUGGAUAAUUUUUUUUUUUAAUCUUAACUAGCAUCAGGACGUUUUUCCGUUUUAGGAGUCAGGGGUUAAGGAAGCCGGAGGUUAGAAGGUUGAGUUGACUGAAUAUAGUUUUUCUUUUUUUAGGAAAGAAGUCAAGGAAUUGAGUCUCAACAUUUUGUUUGACGCUGGUCCGCCCAUGUAUCUUGGAUUUCUGAUUCACGUGUUUUUACACUUUGUCAUCAUUCAGACAAAGAUUGGUCAGCAGCCUCGGGCGCACGUCGCUUUACAGCAGUUAUAAUAUGUCAUGAACUUGCUCAUUUUUUGCUGUUUUCCGAAAACAGAGAAACAGAAGGCAAACGAAUCAAGUAGGAGAAAAAGAAAAAAAUAUAUAGAAACGUAAGAAAAAAUUAC